AGGCACUGCGCUGUCCAGCCAGGAGGUUGGUCAUAUCUGUCUUUACUCUUAUUUUACACAUCCAGUCUUUUAAUCCACAGGCCAGGUUGGUGGUUUGGAAAUGAAGCUGUUUCUUCUUCUUCUCUUGCUUUGUCUCUGCCACCUGGGACCGACAGACGAGUUCAGUACAGCAGCUUCUGAUGUCUCUAGUAUAUCAGAGGAAGAGAAGGAGAAGGACAGCAGCUGUAGAGGAGCGUUUGGUCCUGAGGAGCACAGGCUGAUAGGUGGCGCCAUAGAGCGACUGGGUUUACAGCUUCUGGAAAAGCUUCCUAUCAGCCCACAGCAGCCAAAUGUCAUCCUCUCUCCUCUCAGCCUGGCUUUUGCCCUCGCUCAUCUCACCUUAGGUGCUGGUAACGAGACAGAGAAGCUUCUUCUACGGAGUCUUCAUGCCCACAGUCUGCCAUGUUAUCAUCAUACACUAGGAAGCCUUGUUCCCCAUUUAAGCAACACAUCACUGGAGGUGGCAGCACGCAUGUACCUGAGACCAGGGUUUGAAGUGAAGUUGUCGUUUGUCGAGGACUCUCUGGCCAGGUACAAAUCCCGGCCCGUCCCUUUAGUCUCUCUGGAAGAGGUCAACCAGUGGGUGGAGAAUGUCACCAAUGGCCAGAUCUCUAACUUCCUGGAAAGCAUUCCACAAGAUUUGGUGCUAAUGCUUAUGAAUGCUGUGUACUUCAAAGGUGAAUGGAAGACGCGGUUCGACCCCCAGGUGACCUCAAAGGGGAUGUUUUACCUGGACAACACAAACUCUGUCUCUGUGGACAUGAUGAAAUCUGCUCAGUACCCUCUACGCCUGAUUGAUGAUCCAGAUCUCCAGGCGCAGGUUGCCAGUUUGGCCUUUAAAGGAAACACCAGCUUCUUAAUCGUCCUGCCCAGAGGAAACGUGUCAUCAGUACUUCCCAAAUUAAACAUCUCUGACCUCUACAGACGUCUACCUCAAGAAAAAGCAAUGCAGAUUAACUUACCCAAGAUGAAGCUACAAUAUCGGCAGGAGCUCGAGGAGGUGCUGACCAGAAUGGGACUUGGCUCUUUGUUUUCGGGUCCUGACCUGUCUGGGAUUUCUGACCAGCCCCUCAGGGUGUCGAGCAUCCGCCACGCCAGCACUGUAGAACUCAGCGAGGAAGGCGUAGAAGCAUCCGCCACCACUGUUGUGACCACCAUGCGCUCCAUCUCCCUCUUCUCUGUCAGCUCCCCUUUCCUAUUUGCCCUUGUCGAUGAUGCCUCUCUGGCCCCUCUCUUCAUGGGUAUUGUCACAAACCCCUCCGCCAACAAUGACCCCAUGCUCAACGACCAUCCCCAUGGCAACAGCACCAUGAGCGAUCAACCUAUGGAGGAGACUGCCGGGAAAAGAGACGCAAAUGUUGAGAACAGCAGCAGCUUAUACAAUGAGACAGAGGUAGUAGAGUCCUGUACUGCCUCCGGUGGUGAAAAGGAGCAACUGCAACAGGUCAAUGGACAGGAAGUCAGCAGCGGGCAGAAGAAGACACGGGGAGAUGAAUAACUGUCCACAAAGGACAACUCUGUACCUGUCUGAAAUCAGAAAUCUUUAUGUUAAAGGAACACUACAUUAGAUUAGAGCUCUGAAGCUAAUUGAAUAUCUUUAAAAACAACCAAUUAGCUGAGCUUUUCAUGUAAAGAUUUAGAAACAAAAUCCACAACGUUAACCUUCGUAAGCACUUUUUCUUACCAAGCACAUUUCCAGAACUCAGAACGCAGAUUCAGACAUUCAGUAGAAAAUGUGCUGUGAUUUUACGGCUCAGUAAAGAUUUAACUGAUCAUUGUUUUUGUUGUUUUUCAGGUUUAUUAUUUUAUUUUCUGUCAAGCAGAGUCACAAAUGUGGUAAUGUUAAAAAAAAAGUUUAAUUGUAAAUGUAUUUGAAGAUCAUGUAUACAAAAUUUGAACUGUUUCAUUAAAAAUAACUAACAAUUUA